CUAUAGCCAGGUAGCCACGUAACACGAGUCCAGAUCGUCGGUCACCUUCUCUGUCGGCCUUACUGUAGCACUUCAAAACGACGUCCGCCGCGAUACCCCCAGAAGUCGAAACCCACCUCUCUCUCUCUCUCUCACUCAUGACCGCACUACCCUACCCUUCCUUCUUCAAUCCCCUCAACUUCCCCAAUUUCUCUCCCUCCCCUAGCCCUUCUUCCAUCUCCUCCUGUACUGACUUUCCGACUCGCCCAAUGAAGCUCCAAGGCCAGAGUUUGGUUCGCCCCCGACAGCGGGUUCUCCAGAUACCUGACUCGGUCGGGGGAUUCGGCAAGUUUGAUGGGAAGUAUGUACCUAAAACCCACAAGGACGCUCUCACCGAGCUCGAAUCUGCGUUCCAUUCUAUCGCCGGAGACCAAGACUACCAGGAAGAGCUGGAUGGGGUGCUGAAAGAGUAUGUUGGUAGAGAGAGCCCUCUGUAUUUUGCAGAACGGCUUACCGAGCACUAUAAACGUCCCAGUGGCGAAGGGCCACACAUUUACCUCAAGAGGGAAGAUCUUAAUCAUACUGGUGCCCACAAAAUCAACAAUGCUGUGGCUCAAGCUUUGCUAGCCAAGCGCCUGGGGAAGAACCGCAUUAUUGCUGAAACUGGGGCUGGUCAGCAUGGAGUUGCCACUGCUACUGUAUGUGCUCGGUUUGGCUUAGAGUGUGUUAUUUAUAUGGGUGCUCAAGAUAUGGAAAGGCAGCCUUUAAAUGUGUUUAGAAUGCGGCUUCUUGGAGCUGAGGUUAGACCAGUUCAUUCCGGGACAGCCACGCUGAAGGAUGCUACAUCAGAAGCUAUACGGGAUUGGGUGACUAAUGUGGAAUCAACCCAUUACAUAUUGGGAUCUGUUGCUGGGCCACAUCCAUACCCCAUGAUGGUUCGAGAGUUUCAUGCAGUGAUUGGUAAAGAGACAAAGAAACAGGCAUUGGAAAAAUGGGGUGGGAAACCAGACGUUCUUGUUGCAUGUGUUGGUGGAGGUUCGAAUGCCAUGGGACUCUUCCGUGAAUUUGCUGGUGAUGAAGAAGUUAGGCUGAUUGGUGUGGAAGCUGCAGGUUUUGGAUUGGAUAGUGGUAAGCAUGCUGCUACCUUGACUAAAGGAGAGUUUGGCGUGCUGCAUGGAGCUAUGAGCUAUUUAUUGCAGGAUGAAGAUGGGCAAAUAGUUGAACCCCAUUCCAUUAGUGCAAGACUGGAUUACCCUGAUGUUGGACCAGAACACACCCCUCUGAAAGAUUUAGGACGUGCUGAAUACUAUAGCAUCACAAAUGAAGAGGCAUUGGAAGGGUUUAAGAGAUUAUCUAGACUAGAGGGCAUAAUUCCAUCUCUGGAGACAUCUCAUGCAGUUGCAUAUCUGGAGAAGCUGUGUCCCACCCUGCCAAAUGGAACUAAGGUUGUGCUUAACUGCAGUGGCAGAGGAGAUAAGGAUGUUCAGACUGCCAUUGAAUAUUUGCAGAUUUAGGGGUGCUUUGGCAAUGAGGUAAAAAGCCAGCUUUUGGCUUUUUACCCAUUUUAGGUCACAUCAUCUCUCACAUUUUUUACCUACGAAAAGACAAAAUAGACUAAAAAAACCAAAAACAUUAACUUUUUACUAACUUCUCAAAACACCACUUAAUGAUAAUGGUGCUUGUAAGAUAUAUGUCAUAGGACCCAGAAGGGUUUAAUCCUCCUCAGGAAAUGAGUUU